UAUGCGUACGCAGACUCGAGUCGUCAGUAGUUGACAUUCGCAUCGCGUAGUGUGGACAAGGAUCGUGAACUUAUGUGAAUUAACUCAAACAAAAUGUUCCUCAUAUUAGUGAUAGUUGCUCUAGUGUCUCUCUAUUUAUACGGAACUCGGACAUUCGAUUAUUGGAAGAAACGAGGCAUCAAACAUGACAAACCGAUACCUAUUUUUGGUACAAACUUGCAACAGUUUCUACAACAAGCCAGCAUGGCUAUGAUGGCAACUGAAGUAUACAACAAAUAUCCAGAAGAAAAAGUAGUGGGAUUCUUCAGAGGAACGGCACCAGAAUUAGUAGUAAGAGAUCCAGAAAUUAUCAAGCGAAUCCUUGUAACAGACUUUCAAUAUUUCCAUUCGAGAGGGUUCAAUCCACACAAGACAGUCAUAGAACCCCUACUAAAGAAUAUUUUCUUCGCUGAUGGAGAUUUAUGGCGUUUGAUCAGACAGAGAUUCACACCGGCUUUCAGUACUGGCAAACUUAAGGCUAUGUUCCAUAUUAUCACAGAUAGAGCAGAGAAACUACAGAUCAUUACAGAAGAAGUGGUUAACAAAGAAUAUUAUGAUGUCAGAGAACUUAUGGCAAGAUAUACUACAGAUUUCAUCGGUGUAUGUGCGUUUGGUAUAAAUAUGGAUUCAUUAAAUGAUGAAAAUUCGCAUUUUAGAAAACUGGGUAAAAGAAUAUUUGAACGAAGAUUCAGAGACGCAGUUGCGGGAGCUCUCAAAAUUAUGUUUCCCGAAUUGUGUAAAAAUAUGCAUUUCUUAUCACCAGAACUAGAAGCAAACAUGAGACAUUUAGUUGAAACGGUGCUAAAGAAUAGAAAUUAUAAACCAUCUGGUCGAAAUGAUUUCAUAGACUUAAUGUUGGAGCUCAGACAAAAAGGCAAAAUCAUUGGAGAGUCUAUUGAAAAGAAGAACGAAGAUGGUACAUCUAAAAUAGUUGAAUUAGAAAUGGAUGAUUUAUUGAUGACUGCUCAAGCUUUUGUUUUCUUCGGUGCUGGUUUUGAAACUUCGUCAACGGCUUCUAGUUACACACUACAUCAACUAGCAUUCCACCCUGAGUAUCAGAAAAAAGUGCAGGAAGAAAUUGACACAGUGCUAGCUAAACAUAACAAUAAGCUAACGUACGAUGCGGUCAAAGAGAUGCAUUAUUUAGAAAUGGCAUUUUACGAAUCCAUGAGAAUGUAUCCCUCUGUGGCUUAUUUAGUGAGAAUGUGUUGUGUUCCUGAAUAUACUAUCCCAGAGAUUAAUUUAACAAUCAAUCAAGACGUUAAAUUAAUGAUACCAAUUCAAGCUAUUCAUAGAGAUGAGAAAUACUUCAGGGAACCACACAAGUUUGACCCUGAGAGAUUCAAUGAAGGCACAAAAGAAGACAUAAAGAAUUUUGUAUAUUUGCCUUUUGGAGAGGGACCUCGUUCCUGUGUUGGUGCCAGAUUAGGACAGAUGCAGUCAAUGGCUGGACUUGCUGCAGUUUUACACAAGUACUCAGUGGAACCUGCUGCUUGCACUGUACGAGACCCGUUACCGGAACCAACAGGAAUCGUCUCCGAAGGUUUCGUAGGAGGCCUACCUCUUAAAAUAAGAAGACGCGAAAAAAACUAGACUGUCUUUAAAAAGUGAUUGAGUGGAUAAUAUAACCUUUUGGAAUACAGUGAAUGUAAUGUGAUUUAAUUUCAACGUGAUAAAAACUGGUUUUGAUUCCAGUGCCUAAAAUAUAUAUUUUAAAUGUAAGUGUCUGGUCAAGUAGCUUAAAUGAACUGCAUUAUUAUCAUACAUGCUACCAAGUUGUAAUGCUACUAUUUUUAUUACUUUACGAAAUACAAGAGGUAAUUUGUGUUGGUGAUAAAAUAAAUAUUUUUACCAUUGAAA